AUGUCUUGCCGACCUUCAAGCCAACACUUUGAAUCCUCCUCCUCCUGCUCCUCCUCCGACUCGGAUCUCUCGUCAUCCGUCGCCUCCGCCUCCGCCCCGUCCAACUUCAUCAUGAAGACGAACCAGCAGCCUGUCGCCUCCAUCGAGGUCUUUCGCUGCAUGAGGUGUGCCCGCUCCGUAGAGGCCACCUCGACAGACGACGCAAGCUCUCUGGGAAUGGUUCGCAUCGCCCACAACCUAUACUACUGUGAGCGUUGCGCCAAGAUGGUCGGUUACAAGUGA